CCUCUUAGCAUUUUAAAUAGACAAUUAGAAGAUUACUUUCACCUGUUCUCAAUAACGUUUCUCUAUUGGGACCAUUUGAUUACUUUUCCGGAUGAAGUUCAAUAUCUGUGGAAACGUUCGAUGGGCUGGAGUACAGCGCUCUUCUUUUUCAACCGCUAUUUUGCUGCAUUGGGGAAUAUUGUUGUAACUGUCCGAGCUACCGCAACCGAUAACGCUUCAAUCAGCUGCCGACCAUUUCAUCUAUUUCGCGAACUCCUCCUUGUGUUGACCCAAGUCAUUGUUUGCAUUCUUCUCACCAUCCGGAUAUAUGCCCUUUACCACUGUAGCAGGCGUAUGCUCAUAUACAUGCUUGUUACUGGAUUCACAUUAGGCGGGCUAUCCAUUUUUGCGAUAUUUUUUGGUCAAUCAAGCCAAUCGGUAUUGACCCCCACCGGAUGUCACACUCAACUGACACUAAUAACGUGCGUAGAACCUUGCGCUUCUCUCGCCGCUGCUUGGGAGGCCCUUUUCUUGUACGAUUCAAUGUUGUUCGUCAUGACCCUUCACAAAGCCUACAAAACUCGCUACGAACUACGACAAGAGCGGCUGCGAAUACCCCUUGUUGUCAUCAUUCUCCGCGACGGUAGUGUCAUGGCUCUUGCCAAUCUCAUCAACAUAUCCACGUUCUAUUACGCACAGCCCUUCCUCCGAGGCGCUUUGUGCACGUUUGCCAGUAGCAUGUCCGUUACGAUAAUGUCCAGGCUGAUGCUCAACCUGCAUCAGAUUUCAGAAACAGGGUUAUACACCUCACAUAUAACAACAUGUCAAUUAGGCACUUACAGCGCAUUUGUAGCCUCACCUCCCGAUUCAGCAAACCAGAUUACAUUCGACGGUGGGUAG